GGCCUCAUGCCCAGCACGCUGUUCGAGGCGGAGCCCGCGUGCAGAUGGGCGGCAGCCUGGCUGCUUGCCGUGGUGCAGCUGGCGGGGUCCGUGAUCGAGGUGCUGGCGAUCAAGCACGAGACCCGGGGGAAGGGCCCGGUGACCCAGCUUAUGAUCAGCGUGACCAUGAUUCUCGACAUGAUGGUCCUUGUCAUGUUCGCCGUCAGCCAGAAU